AAAGAGACAGACAAAUCCAUGUAAUUGAAUAGACAAAGCACUUUCGGUUUCUUAUUAUUUUGAUUUUCAUUACAUCACGUAACAAUAAUAAUACAGACAAGCACGCACGCACGCACCCACAGGCACAAGUCUCUCCAACUCAACUUCUUCCACUCUCACUAAUGGCUCUCACCAAUGCUUUCCUCGCUCCUUCCUUCGCCGUCCACGGUGUUGGUAGGGUUUCCGAUCCGCGCUCCAUUCCUCUCUUCUCUCUUCCCUCCGACGCCUUCUUCCGCUCCCCAACCUCCCUCUCCAGGGACAAGAACUUUCUAAAAGCUUCUGCUUAUGAUUUGAAUGCAGUUGGUUCUGCUUCACUGCAAUCUGGUGACAAUCCUGAUAGUGUUCCUAUGCCAAUAGUUCUAAUAGAUCAAGAAUCAGAUUCUGAAGCAACAAUUGUGCAGCUUAGCUUUGGGGAUCGCCUAGGAGCUCUUCUUGACACGAUGAAAGCAUUAAAAGAUUUGGGAUUGGAUGUUUCAAAGGGAACUGUCUCCACAGAGGGAUUAGUCAAGCAAACAAAAUUUUUCAUUACACAAUCAGACACUGGGCGCAAAGUUGAAGAUCCUGAUAUGUUAGAGAGAAUUCGACUUACCAUUAUUAACAAUCUGUUGAAAUAUCAUCCUGAGUCCAGUGAACUACUAGCGAUGGGUGAAGUGUUUGGCAUAAAGGCUCCAAAGAAAAAGCUUGAUGAUGAUAUCAAAACUCGUAUACAAGUUAAGGAAGAUGGACCCAAGAGGAGCUUGCUAUAUAUAGAGACAGCAGAUAGGCCGGGAUUGCUGGUUGAAAUCAUCAAAGUCAUUGCAGAUGUAAACAUUGAUGUUGAAUCGGCUGAGAUUGAUACAGAGGGUUUGGUUGCUAAGGAUACAUUUCAUGUUAGUUACGGCGGGGCUGCAUUGAACAGUUCAAUGGCUCAGGUUUUGGUGAAUUGUCUGCGUUACUACCUGCGAACGCCAGAGACAGAUAUUGACAGUUACUGAAGAAACCACCCUUGUGAAAUAAGCCAAUACAAUGGUUCUUUCUUAUACCAAUUCCCCAGUUAGCUCGAUAUCACCUGCGAAUCAUAUGGUAGCUUUACUGCUACCACAUUAUGGAAUGAGUUAUGAGUACGUGUUGCCUAUGGAAUGAAUGAAUACCUGUAACUAACUAUGGAAUGAAUACAUGUUGCCUAUGGCAUGGAAUCUAGGAUACCUGAAACUCACUGAUCAUCCGUCAAAUCUUAUAUGAAAGCUAAAAAAUCGAAAAUGAAUUUUGCCUCAUUUCCUAAA